AGGAGGCGAACUCCCUGCUCAAGGAGCUGCUGGAGGAGUCCAAAACGUUUGAGAAGAGUACCUUCAAGCUGUUUGAUAAUGUCGUCUCGAGCCCCCACACCACGGGCUUCUACGUCGGCAGCUACAAGGAGCUCCAGCAGCAGAAGCACGAGUACGUGUACAAUGGUUCCAGGAUGACGGUAUCUCUCCAUACAUCCCCCGGCUCGCCGUCCUUUCGACUCUGCGCUGAUGGGCAUGCAGGAUGUCCGAACUCUGACGCCGCAGCUUGAGCGCGUCAAGGCCCGCGUGCAAGAGGCGGUCAACCGCGAGAUCCAGGAGCGCAUCCGCACUCGCUACGGCGGCAAGAAGCUCAAGUAUCAGUCCCCCGGGCCAUGGACGCCCAACGCAGCGUUCGUGAACUGCUACAACGGGCCAAUGGAGAAUGUCGGCUGGCACAGCGACCAACUGACCUACCUCGGCCCGCGCCCGGUCAUCGGCUCCCUCUCGCUGGGCGUGACGCGCGAGUUCCGCGUUCGCCGCAUCCUGCCCCAGGACGACGCAGGCACGAGCGCCGAGGCGAGGGACCAGAGUAAUAACAAUAACAACAAUAACGAUAACAGCAACAGCAACAGCAACGCCGACUUGACGGGCCAGAUCGCCAUCCACCUCCCGCACAACUCCCUCCUGGUGAUGCACGCCGAGAUGCAGGAGGAAUGGAAGCACAGCAUCGCCCCAGCCCAGGCCAUCGACCCGCACCCGAUCGCGGGCAGCCGGCGCAUCAACGUGACGUACCGCCACUACCGCGCCGCCUUCCACCCGCGCAACACCCCGCGGUGCCCGUGUGGGAUCCCCGCCGUGCUGCGGGUCGCGACCAAGAAGCGGGAGAACCGGGGCCGGUAUUUCUGGAUGUGUCACGCCGGUAACGUGCCGGGCAAAGAGGCGUGCGACUUCUUUCGGUGGGCAGAGUUUGACGAAGACGGGAAUCCGCCGGGUGUGGGCCGGGAUGGGCCGACGGAGGAAGCAGUAGACCGGGAAGGAACUGGAUCAGGGGAGGAGGAUGAACCUGGAAAACCGGACGAGGGAGGGUGAAAGCAACACAGAAGAGAUCCAUCGCCACUCCGCGGCCUUCCGAAAGUGACAAUAUACGUACGCGCAUUACCAGCAUCACACAGACCACCGACUAUAUAUGUAUUACUUUACUUAGUACCUACCACCAGCCUGUCCAGCCCC